CUGCACAGAAAUCUACACGUGUACCCAUACAAAAUGAUGGUUACCCAAGAAUUAAGUGAGAGAGAUUUUGAAACUCGCAAAGCUGCGUGUGAGGACAUUCUUCAGAACAUUCCCUCUGGCGCUGUUUUGAUUUCAUCUGAUGAGGCCCACUUCCACUUGUCAGGUACUGUAAAUAAACAAAAUUUCCGCUACUGGUCAGCAGAAAACCCUCAGGAACUUCACCAACGACCACUUCACAGCCCUCGUGUGACAGUUUGGUGCGCCGUUGCUGAAUUUGGUGUGUGGGGUCCUUAUUUUUUCGAGGAAAAUGGGGUAACGGUAACGGUUACUUUGAAUCGCUACUGUCACAUGAUCGAGACCUUCCUCCGACCUAAGUUAAACCGGUUUGUUGGGGACCAUGAAGAGGGACAAGCCUGGUUCCAACAAGACGGAGCCACAGCUCACACUUCGCGGCGUUCUUUAGCAAUUCUGAGAGAGUUGUUUCCUGGACGUCUUCUCUCUUUGCGAGGAGACAUCGCCUGGCCCCCAAGAUCACCGGGACACUUAAAGGCGCAAGUGUACAAACAUCGCCCCACAACCCUGCAAGCACUUAAGGAGGCAAUCACCCAGGCAGUGGCUGCCAUUCCACCUGAAAUGACACGAAGAACUAUGGACAACUUCCGGGAAAGGCUUCGUCAAUGUGUGAACAAUGGAGGACGCCAUUUACCGGAAAUAAUUUUUAAAACCAAGUAAUGUAAAAUAGCAUCGUAUUUGUUGUUCACAAAUAAAAGUAUUUUUUCUGUAUCUUUCUUUGUUUGUUUGUAACGGCCUUUUGAAAUACGGGAGGUCGAUUUGCCGGACCCUGUAGU